AAAUAAGAGGCAGGGGGUAGUCACGUGGCUCCGGAGGAACCAAUGGGCCUUUAGGAGGAAGCCUUCCCAUUCACAAUUCCAAGGAGUCCGAGCAGGAUGCUGCCCUGUCCUAUCACUUCCACCCCUUUCUCGGUCAAAGACAUCUUAAAGCUGGAGCAGCAGAGCGUUCAGAGCGGGGACCCUCGGGGAUUCCUCCCCCAGGAUCUGCAAGAGCCUCCGGCCCUGCAGCCAUCCCCUGCUUGUCUGCACAAGAAACAAGAGGCUGCCUACAAUUCUGGGGCCCUUCCCUUCCAGGUGGAAGUCGAUCAAGGCGGAAAUUGCAGGAGGCGUGAGGAGGAGUAUGAGCUCAUGAGGAGCUCCUGUGAAGAAGAAGAUAUGGACCUAAGAAAAUCUCUGGCUGCGGACUGUUUCGAGCCCCGGGAGAAGAAAGACGACCCGUGUGAACGUCCCAAGCAAAGGCAGAGGCGGAAACCCAGGGUUUUGUUUUCUCAAGCUCAAGUUUUCGAGCUGGAAAGGCGGUUUAAACAGCAGAAGUACCUCUCGGCUCCGGAACGGGAGCAUCUCGCCAGCCUGCUGAAACUCACCUCCACGCAAGUCAAGAUCUGGUUCCAGAACAGGAGAUACAAGUGCAAGAGACAAAGGCAAGAUAAAUCGCUGGAGUUCUCGGCCCAUCCCCUUCCUCCCAGGAGGGUAGCGGUCCCGGUGCUAGUCAGAGAUGGCAAGCCGUGCCUUGGGGGCUCACAGGGUUACACUGCCCCUUAUAAUGUCACGCUCAGCCCUUACUCCUAUAACACCUACUACAGCGGUUACAGCAAUAGCCCGUACAGAGCAAACUACAGCGGUAGUUACUCGGGGGGACCCGCGAGUACCACCCCGGCCAGUCACAUCAUGAACAUGAGCUUUAAUGUCUCCAGCGCUGCUCAGACCCAGCAGGGUAACUUGCAAGCCACGCUGCAAGCAGGGAUCAGGGCUUGGUAAAUGUCUCCCUUGAAACCGACCACCUGGAUGAUGCUGAACAUCUCAAGGGCAGGAGGGGGGGGGGAUCAAAAGCCCCGGUCCAGCCCCAUGGAGACUGUCUUUUAAAAGACGCCGUGCUAGAAAAAAGGGGGCUCUGGCGCUUUCGGGCUCUGGUCCCUGGGGACUAAGCUACGGAUCACUUUAUUUAUUUAACAUGGGUGUUUUUAAAUACAGCCCUUCCUCUGUCUCUCACCUCCUCCCCCCAAAAGGUAUUUGCUGCUCCAGAAUGCAAGAACAGUAGUGAUCAUCCGAGUCCACCAACCUAGUGUCCUUCCUAAAGACAAAUUUGAAAGUGCUGGUUGUACACAUUUCCGUACAUUUAUUUUCAGCUGACCAUUUUAUUUAAUUCCUUUAAAAAAUGUUUAUCCUCUGUGAUAAAGUUCGGAUAUACCUAUCUUCAUUCCUGCCCAGCGCACAUUUUUCAUUUGUGUAUGUUUUUCAAUUAAAAAAAAUGAAAACCACCACACUUUUUUCAAUUACAUUGUUCACACUUAAAAAAAAAUCUGUCCUAGUCCUUGCCCCACCCGAAAAUGUGCAGUUACCACGCAAUCUGAUUCAGCACAGCAACUGGAAAUAAAUGCUCAAGUUAUCAGAAAGAGAGAAAGGUCAUAGUAAUGGCCUGAGCAUAGUUCUGUAAGCCAGGAAUUCCUGAGCUCUGAUCUCAGACACUGACUCUCUCUUCAAGCCUGGACACAUUCUUUAACCUCUCUGCUUCCCUUCCCCAUACCUAAAAUAAGUUUAUUUUAUUUCACAGGAAAGUUGUGAGGGUUAAUUAAUUAGUUGCUGGGUCAGAUCUUCAGCAGGUGUCCAACAGCUUAAUUAUAUUGAUUUCAAUGGAGCAAUGGCGAUUUACACAGCUAAGGAUGUGGCUCAAAAUUAUAUAUAAGUGCUUUGCAGGUUACAAGAACUACCUAAGUAUUAAAUCUGGAAGAGCUGAAUGCUUUUCCCAAGAAUCACUUCUGUGCUGGCAUUUUCAGGGGCAUUACAUAUGUUGUGAAUAACUACACUGAUCAUGUGGGUUGUUAUUAUAGAAAUGUUUUUCGAUGACUAAAUAAGGACACAGUUUUAUUUAAAUUUAUUAUUAAAGAAACACUGUGUAAAAGGAUUAGUAUUUCUCUACACUGGAGUGGCAACAGGUGGAACUAAAGUCCAGAGGAAGGUGCUGCUCUCAUAAAGGAAAAAAUAUUUCGGACAGGAAGCUCUCACACUUCUAAUUUUUUUUUUUCAAGAGCAUAAUUUUACCCAUUCAUUUUUCUAUCACAAGCAUGAUGUGUCAGUCUACACACAGGUGCCAUUAAUGUCAAUGGGAGUUCUCCAGUAGACAGAGAGAGAGAGAUAGCCAAUACAGCCUGUGUCCAAUAUGAAUUUGAGGCCAAUUCUGCUCACCUUACUCAUGUGAGUAGCUCCACUGAGCUCUGACCCAUAGCCAAUCUUCAUCCAACAGCUAGGCCGUUCAGAGAUGCCUUCUAGCUUUCAAAUGCAGAAUCAAAGAUCAUCUUUCUAACUGGAAAAUUAAUUAUCUGAAGCAUGUGUGUGUUGAAAGACAUGGUCCUAACAGACAAAAUUAUCCCACAAUGUAUUAUCCCAGACAUUACACUGAGCUAUUACAGUGAUGAGACCACAUAACUACCUAGAUAUAGACAGUAGCUACCAAAGAUAGCAUAUAUCCCAAAUAUGUCAGGUAACACCAUGCAACUCCUCUGCCAGGCCCUCUGGCACAGCAUAUUUGCUGUCACUGAGAGGUUAGGUUCCAAGGAAAGCAUUGCAUGUUGUGGCCUGACAUAGCCUAGGGCACAAGACAGCACUUGAAAACCAGGUGUGGGAUAUACCUUUCGUUCCACGUCACCAAUAUGCCAUGAAAGAAAUCCAGACCCUCUGACUCAGCCACAAUAACUUGGGUGAGCUGUUUUAUUCUUGCUGGGUUCCCUUACCAGGGAUGGUGAGAAACAGGUGUAUGGGGAACUCUACCCUCUGGGCUAAACUCU